UCCUCGUAUGCAGACAGGAAUCGCUGCUGAGAUACUACCGGGUUACAGGAGCCGCCAGCCGUGUGUGCAAAGGGCAAAAGUUGAAGAUAAAGCAGAUAGACAGAAUCUGAUUUCGAAUACAACUGACUGAAAGAGAGGUCGGGCGUGACGUUAGAGACCGCUCUGUGCUUCCCCAAAUUUGCACAGUGUCACAAACAAGCCCAAAAAUAGCGGGCGUUGACACGGAAGAUUGGACAUUGUGGCUAGUAACUAGCUAGCUGCUGGUCUUGUGUGCAGUCAAAUGCAAAACAAAGAUUAGUUCCAGACACAAAAAUAAGGUAAAAAAAAAAAUGCAUACGUUCGAAGAGAAAGCGUGACAUGCACAGAAUGCUCCUGAAAUGCAGCAUUGGGCACGAAUGCAACACCAAUUUAGCGAUGUGUGCGUCUUUCGAUGCAUCUCUGAACAUUCGAUGCACACGGAUUAUUGCUUAAAAUGAAAAUAGUACUUGAAACCCAAUCGUGUGAUACAUUGAAAACGCACUCUUAGGAGCAACAACGUAGCUACAACUUCAGGCGGACUUUUGAACAUUGUUAUCUAUAGCAUCCGGGAAGGUUACUGUUAAUUGAAGACACACCCACUACGUACAAACCUGGCAGGAAUAAUGACUUUAUUGCCCCGUGUCCUAGGUUUUCUAAAGCUAGAAAGUCCCUCGAUUUCUGCUAACGUUAGAUGUUUUGCUCAUCUACCUACCGCCGACGUACUAGCGAAAAUGAAUGACAGUACAAGUAAACGGCUGCGCGUUCUGGUGGACAUGGACGGAGUGCUUGCCGAUUUUGAAGGAGGAUUCUUGAAAAAAUACCGAGCCAAGUACCCCAACGAACCAUACAUUAACCUGGAGGACAGAAGAGGAUUCUGGGUCUCGACUCAGUACGGACAGCUACGUAGUGAUCUCUGCGCGAAGGCCAUCAGCAUUUGGGAGUCAAAGAACUUCUUUUUAGAGCUGGACCCCAUACCGGGAGGUGUGGAGGCCGUCAAGGAGAUGUCUAAAAUGGAAAAUACGGACGUCUUUAUUUGCACCAGUCCAAUAAAACAUUACAGCCACUGUCCGUAUGAGAAGUACGCCUGGAUAGAGAAGCACUUUGGCCAUGAGUUCCUGGAGCAGAUCAUUCUCACCAGAGACAAGACUGUGGUGUCUGGUGACAUACUGAUAGAUGACAAACCAGACAUCCUUGGGGUCGAGCCCAAGCCGAGCUGGGAGCACGUGCUCUUCCUGGCCUGCCACAACAAGCACCUGCUCCCAAGCGCCGGCCACCGGAGCCUGCUGUCCUGGCACCACGACUGGAGGGGCCUCCUGGAGAGCAAACGCCAAUGAGGACCCCCCCCCCCCCCCCCCCCCGCCCCUUUCCUGUCCCCCAUCGACCAAUCACAGGACGGACUCCCAGGCUGGAGCCCCGU